CUCGCGUAUAUUAAGAUGUAACUCACGUACAAUAAGAUGUAACUCGCGCAGAAGAAGAUGUAACUUCAUGAUAUAUUAUCAAAGAAAUUUUGACACUUUUGAUCCUAUUACUAUAUACUAAGUCUCACUUUUGAUCCUAUUCUUUUAAAAGUCUCAUAUUUGGUGCACGACUAUCAUAUUUUGGACACUUUUAGUCCUCCGGUCAUUUAUCCGGCCAAACCCAUCGGUGAAGCUAUUUUUCAGAGGUCACUUUUGUCUUUAAACAAUAAGAAGCGUAAGGUUAAGCCCCGCACACCUGAAAAUUGAAUUCUCCAUCUUUUGCGCCAGAAGAAAGAAACGCUCCUGAACUUGAAACUUACGUUUCUUUUGCUCGAGAAGAAGGAAAGAACAUGUGAAGCUGAAACAGAACUCCAACAACAAAAAUGGCUUACUCUUCUCCUUUAAGAGACACGAGCAUCAUUCAAAGAAGUGGUACGUAUUCGAACAAAAAAACCUAAUUUUAUUUGUUUUGUAAAUUUCUUAUAAAUAUAUGCUUACACUUGUAGAAUCAGAUUGUGGAGAUGAUGAAGAGAGUGAUUGUAACUAUUGUCAUUCUGACCUAGACAAACUCUUAGACAAUGAUAUGGAGGAAAGUAAUCAGGAUAACAUUGAGUUUGAUCAGAAUGUGGACUUUAGUGUUGAAUAUGCUGGUUUGAUGAGAGAUGAGCACCAACUAGUUCUUGGACCUGCUGCAGAAAAAGGUUGGUCUGAUCCCAACUUAUCUGAUGAUGAUUCUUUAGAAGAUUCAGACAGUGAUGCCAAAACUUCAAAAGUUAGGUGGCCUGUUUUUAGACCUAGCACAGAAAUGGAAAAUCCAACAUUUUCUGUAGGUAUGACAUUUUCAAGUAAGAAAGAAUUUAGAGAAGCAUUGCAUAAUUAUGCAUUUGUAAAUGGGAAGGACUUGAAAUUUGUGAAAAAUGAUUCUCUUAGAUUUAUUGUGAAGUGCAAGAAAGAUGAAUGUCCUUGGAUGAUAAAUCUAAGGAAAGUGCAGAAUUCUUUAUCAUGGAGGAUAUUGAGAUUUUCAAAAAAACAUGAAGGGUGUGGUUGGAAUUACCAUAACAAGAUGGUUACUUCAACCAAAGUUGCAAAAAGAUGGUCCAAAGAGAUACAAUUCCACAACAAUUGGAAAAUGAAGGAAUUUCGAAAGAAAGUGUGUACCAAAGAAAAAUUUCAUAUGAGUACCAAACAAGCUUAUAGAGCAAUCCAUAAAGCAAAGAAACAAAUCCAAGGGGACCAGGAGGAUAACUUCAAAAAGAUUUGGAGUUAUUGUGCAGAAAUUGAUAAGACUAAUCCCAGGUCAACUUGUGUUGUGAAAGUAAGUGACUUGACUGGCUCGAGUGAUGAAAGUAGGUUUCUGAGAUUUUAUAUGUGUUGGGAUGCUUGCAAAGAGGGAUUCAAACAUUGUCGACCAUUAAUAGGUGUUGAUGGGUGUCACUUGAAGACUACCAUUGGUGGUCAAAUUCUGACUGUUGUGAGUAUAGAUGCGAACAAUAGCAUCUUCCCCAUUGCAUAUGCAAUAGUUGAAGGAGAAACAAGAUAGUCUUGGGCUUGGUUUUUGAGAAUUCUGAAAACAGAUUUGAAUAUAUGCGAGGAGAGUGAACAUCGGUACACUAUCAUGUCUGAUAAGCAAAAAGGUUUAAUUCAAGCUUGUAAAGAGGUCUUACCUGGAGCUGAUCAUAGGUUUUGUGUUAGGCACUUACAUGCCAACAUGAAAGUGGCUGGUUUCCAACGAACAUCAUUGAAAAAUGCAUUAUGGUCAUGUGCUAGGGCCAUCACAGUGAACUAUUUUAGCACAGGGAUGACCAAAUUGAAAGAAUUAGAUGAAAAAGCACAUGAGUGGGUGUCCACUAAGCAUCCGAGUGAGUGGUCUAGAUCACACUUCUCUACCACGGCACAGUGUGAUAUGUUGGUUAAUAAUAUAUGCGAGUGUUUUAACUUUGUCAUAUUAGAAGCUAGGGAUCAGCCUGUAGUCACUGAUCCCUUGUUUAUUAUGUGGCCUUAUUUAGCCAUUUUUCAAAUUUAUUUUUUGGCCUUUUCCAGUUAGGCCGGGGUUUCUUUCUCACUACCACCUCCAUCAUAGGUGGAUUUAGUUCACAUUUUAACACGACCCUUUUUAUCAAAGAUGGCUUCUCG